AUGAACCUUUUUACAGAAUUUGUUAAUCUUCAUUAUUCCCUUUCCCCUUAACAAUAAGAACUUUUACAAGAAAUUAAAAAUGAAAACUUAAUAUAUCCAAUUGAAGAAUAAGACAAUCAAUUUAAAUUUAAAGAACUCCUAGACUCCUAUUUAGAUUCCUAUAACAAAACUUAACCUCCAAAAAUUAAAGAUCCUAUCAAUAAAUUUCAUUAACCAAUAUCAGAUUGGGUUGAUUAACCUGUUUUCCUUUGGGAAAUCCCUCAGAAUGUCUUAGACCAAUUAAAUAGAGGAUACUUUAGAUUAUAAAACAUAAGACAUAAUCAUGGUUCUGAAACAGUUAUUUUAACUUAAUAACUUAAAGCAACCUAAGAAAAUACAGAAAAAUCAUGUUUCUAAAUGAACUUAUCAAAAUACUUUGAUUAUUUACAUGAUCCAAUAGAGUUCUUUUUAAAAAAUAAGUAAUACAAUCAAAACAAAUUGCUAUCUUUAUUUGAUUUAUAAAUUGAGAGUUGGGAAGAAGAGGCAUAUAAAUUAUAUGAAUAUAUGCCUUAAUGCUUUUUAAAAGAAGAUGGAUUAAGUUAUUUAAGAUAGAAAAUUAAAAAUAUUAAUGAACUUUUACUAAAUAUAAUGACUCCAGGAAGUUGGUAAGGAGCAAAACAAGAACCUGGUGCAAUAAAUCGAAUUAAUUUAAAUCAUGGACCUGGAGAUUGUUUAUGGAUUGUUGUUGAUCCAGAACAUAUUGAAAACUUGUAUUAAAAUGAAAAAUAAUUUAUCCUAUAAUAAGGUGAUUAGUAUUUAAAAAGAGAAUUAUUAAAGAAAUAUGAUAUCCCUUAUAAGAGAUUCAUAUAAAAACCAGGUGAUCUAGUUAUUUUAGGAGCAGGAUCUUUGUAUUAAAUUGAAUGUUUAUCUACAGCAAUUACAACAGGUUGGAGUUAUUUGGCUAUGAAUUCAUAUUCAUAUCAACAAAUGAUAAAAAGAGAAUAGAUGAAUAUCAAAUAUAAAAUAAAACCUGAAAUUCCUAUAAAAAAUCUAUUUUUGGAUAUUUUUAUUCAUAAUAAGAAUGAAUAAUUAAGAAUUUAUCUAUAAGAAUUAAUAAAUUAAGAAUAUAAAAUAGUAAGAGAAUUGAUAUAAAAGAAAAAGGUUUAUAAUCUUGAUAUAAAUUAUUAAAUGAGAAAACAUAGUUUUUGUACUGAAUGCAAAGAGGAAAUAUUUUUAUUUUGUUAUCAAAAUUAAUAAAAAGUCUUAUGUUUAAAAUGUGAUAAAAAUUAUUAGGUUCAAAGUAAAUACAACAUAAAUAUUUUAUAACUUAUUUUAUCCUCUUAAGAUUAAAUAAAAUGCUCUAAUCAUUAUUGUACAUAAUCAGAACAAUAAAAUAUAAAAUGUACAGCUAAAUUUAAAUAAUCAAAAAAGAAGAAACCUAAAAGUCCAUAAUCAUUGAAAGAGAGUUCUACUUCUAAUAUAGAAAAUGUACUCAGAUAAAAGAGUUAUAUUUAAGAAGAAGAAAAAGAAUCUAAUUAAUAAAAACAAAUAAAGAAAUAAGUUAAAAAAUAACAUAAUCGUGAAAAAAAAGUUAAAUUUGAAUUAGGUGAAUUAAAUAAAGAAUACAAAUCUUAAAAGAAUGAAAUUAAUUUAAUGAAAUAAAUCUAAGAAUCAAAAUAAGUAUAAAAUCAAGAAAAGAUAAUUGAUGAUAAUAAUAAAGUAAUUUAAAUUAUAGAUGAACCUCCAAAUCUUAAGACAUAUGUAAUUACAACAAGAAAAAGAUAGUAAAUAUUGGAAAUUUAAAAAGAUGAAGAAUUAUUAAAAAAAAAAUAAAUAUCUACUAAACCAAUAAUUAAAUCAGAUAAACAAAAAUAAAAAUUCACAUCUAUUUAUAAUAAAGUAAGAUUAUCAGAAGAAGAAAUGAAUGAAAUUUUAGGACUUUAAAAUUAGUAAAAAUAAGAUAGAAUUUAUAAAAAAGGAGAAAAAAUAUUAACACUUUGA